GCCAAGCUCGUUUUGCAGGAAGAAUACAUAUCUUCGGCAACAUUGAAUUUGCGAAAUUCCCGUUAUAUUUCAUCUGAAGCUUACGAAAUGGGAACUGGAGACACAUCAGAGAUACGGAGAUGAAGGGUAACUCGGGUGAGAUCUUCUCUUGUUCAAAGGAAUUUCCAAAUUGUUCAGGGACUCGAUCGGAACUUUCGAUGGACGCCAUUUUGUCAUUGGGAUUUUAAAGAUUCCGAUACUCUCAAGACUUAAAUCUACACUUCUUGAUCACAGAGGAGGUUUGGGAUCAACAGAACUGUAGAUUAGUAUCUAUUGUUACUGGUGAAUGGUCCCGAUCCUCUGGAUAUGGCCAAUUCGAACACCACGCUUGCGAGUUUAUGGAUGGAUGAUGCUCAAGGAAGUCCUGUGAAAAUCUUGCAAGGUACACCCACGAAAUCUUCAAACGGAUCAGAAUUCAGGGAUGAUAUUGUGAAAUUUUAUAAAGACUCUGGACUUGAACCUGUUGCAAAAGAGGUGGGAAUAAUUGACGCAAAUGGCGAUCUAUCUGGCCUCCGAGAGCAGAGUUCCAAACCUCCGCUCCGGUUGGUAGCUGUGCCCAUCACUGGUUCCCCAAAUAAGAUGUCCCCAUAUAAAAAUGCGGAUCAGCAGAUGUCACAACUAUUACCAAAGAGAACAGCAGGAUCCCCACAAGUAAUCAUGGCCGCUACUAGUCCCAGAACACCGAUGGUCCCAGUCGACUCCCUCUGGGGGCGCAAACGCCAGGCAGACAUAACCAUAGAACCCGAAUUUGCUGAAGGUAAGAGAGGUAAAAAAGGUGAAAAAGGAGGAAAGGGCCUGCGACACUUCUCCAUGAAGGUGUGCGAGAAAGUCCAAAGGAAAGGUGUCACAUCAUACAAUGAAGUGGCCGAUGAACUGGUACAGGAGUUCAGUGACCCUCGAAACCUCACCUCACCAUCCGAUCAGAUGCAGGCAUACGACCAGAAGAAUAUUCGACGGCGAGUCUACGAUGCUCUCAAUGUACUGAUGGCCAUGAACAUCAUCUCCAAAGAGAAAAAGGAAAUCCGAUGGAUUGGAUUACCCACAAAUUCCGCCCAAGAAUGCCAAAACCUCGAGUUAGACAAACAGAAACGAAUGGAUAGAAUAAAACACAAAACACAGCAGCUACAGGAGUUGAUAUUACAACAAAUUGCCUUUAAAAACCUGGUACAUCGGAACCGAGAGAGAGAGCGUAGUAAUGGCGGACCAGCUGCUAACUCGGCGAUCCAACUGCCCUUCAUCAUUGUCAACACGAGUAAAAAAACAGUCAUUGACUGCUCUAUAUCUAAUGAUAAGUAUGAAUAUUUAUUUAACUUUGAUAACACGUUUGAGAUCCAUGACGAUAUUGAGGUGCUGAAGAGGAUGGGAAUGGCCAUGGGUCUGGAGAAAGGUCAGAUAGCUCAGUCCGACCUAUCACGUGCUGUCAAGAUGGUCCCCAAAUCCCUGGAGCCUUAUGUAUACGAUCUGGCUCAGGGCAGUAUGGCUAAUGCUGGACCAAGUGGUAUCCGACCCAUCACCUCAGGAAUUUCUCCACACAACCAGGCCAGGUAUAAGUCAGUGACUAUGUCAUCACAAACUGUAGAUGUUGACAUGGAAGUUGCCAUGGCUACCAGUCAGGGAUUGUCUCGUGAUUCGAGCAUGGGCUCGUACUCCGACAUGCCUUCACGUGCGGCCACAGAGACACCGUCUGAGGACUUUAGUGAUGAAACUGAUACAGACAGAUCAAGUCCUGUGGAUAUGAGCUAGAAAAGUGUUUAGCAUACAGCUAUUUUUCUCUCAUUGAACCAAUGAGCUGCUAUCGGACUGACUGAAAAAUCACUUAUUGUUUCGACUGACCGUUGGUUUCACUGACCAAAUGAGGUUGGCCCCUAGACGUCGGUGUUUGUUGCAUCAGUCAGUGAGGUCAUAGGAUAACUAGACCUGAUGGUUACAUAAACCAAUACCAUUUCUGCCUGAGUGAACAGCCAGCUGUGAUAAAUUGAAGUAAAAUAAACCGAUUCACCACAAAGGGACACCACAAACGGCACAGAUGGAGAGUGCCACAAACUGCUUCACAAGAAGGCUUCAUUAUCGGCACGUCAUCCACAAACUGUCAAUACAGCAUUCUGAGUAGUGUACACGAAGGAACAUUUCGUACAUAUUAAGAAUCUGCCUGAAGGACAUCAAAAAGAUGUAGCACCAUUUCUUUAUAGUCUCAGGUUUUCUCCUCAUCUGGAUUUGGAAUUUCUUUUAACGAUACUAGAAGUUCUGAUAAGAAGUUUUCAACAGGAUGAUAAAAUUAGCAGUGGUAUGCUCCUUCGUCAUCUCAAAUUCACAUUGAAACGAUCAAUGCAAUAGACUUUGAAAGAAAUUUAAAGCGCUUCUUGAUGCUCGACCCUUCCCACAUACAUUUCCAGGCUUGUGUACCCCCCCCACUAUAUCCUUCCUGGGAAGUCAUUUAUCAGCAAAGUGAGAGAGAAUUCAUGUAGAUAUUUUGCGAUUUGUGUGGUUGCUGUGGUAACAGUGAGUGUGUAUGUAUAUUUGUAUGAAAGAUUUGUUCAUAUGUAAAUGUCGGUGUGUAUACCACUAAUAUUUAGUGAGAGAUUUAUUUUUACAUUUAAUAGUAAUAACCAACAUUUGCCAUUAUUUAAAUCUGAAGAAACUGAUUCUAGCACUAAUUUGAGAAAUAAGAAAUGUUCUGGUGAAGAAACAGAAACUCUCUUUAGAGACUGAGCUGGUAACUGAUAUAUGAACAAUAUAUUUCUUGAAAAAUUCAGUACUUUGAAAUAUUUGAAUGUUUGAAGUGCUAUUUGAGAGAUGUCUCAAUCAGAAUGUUCAGUGUCUGAAUGUGAGACAAGUCGACCAGUUACAAUGUUCAGUUCAUGUGAGAGGUGGAGUCUUGGUUUAAGUGUU